GUCACAAAAAGUUAAUCAGUCUGCUUCAUUCUGGACACCCUAUAGUACACCCAUCUUGGAUAUUAGUAUUCAUGUCGCGGCUUUGAAUUCCACUUUCUUGGAUAUUGGAGCAUAUCGAAUCCAAUACCUCUGUUACUCUUGAUACCUUUCACAUUAAUCAAUACUCAUCUCUAUCGUUCAAUACGGAGACAUCAGAACGACUGCAAGCUCACCAUUUGACUAUGAACAGUGCAAUCAAGGCCAUCGACGCUACAUCAAUACAUAGAAUAUCUUCUGGCCAGGUCGUCACCGAUCUACCUACUGCUGUGAAGGAAUUGGUAGAAAAUAGUCUUGACGCAGGUGCUACGAACAUCGAGGUUCGCUUUAAGGAUUAUGGACUUGAAAGCAUUGAAGUGAUUGACAACGGAAGUGGCAUUGCUGAGGAAGACUACGAUGCUGUUGGUGAGCACAAAUGUUUCGAAUCAAUUCACCAUAUGGUUUCGCUACGCACUUUGAAACAUCAUACGUCAAAAUUGGAGACCUUCGAAGAUCUCUCUUCAGUAACAACAUUCGGUUUCAGAGGAGAAGCGCUCUCCUCAAUAUGUGCUCUAUCUGACUCUGUCACUAUUACAACUGCAACAUCAUCGACCGCUCCUAUGGGCGCCAUCCUCCAGUUGGAUCGGAAUGGUCGUGUCACUAGCCACAGUGGCAAAGUCGCUCGACAGCGUGGCACGACAGUGACAAUAUCAAAGUUGUUCAAACCUUUGCCUGUGCGACGCAAGGAACUAGAGAGAAACGCGAAACGCGAGUACAGCAAAGUAUUAAACAUGCUCAACGCUUAUGCCCUUGUGCCCUGUGCAACGGAGAAUAAGGGUGUGCGUCUGACUUGCUCGAAUCAGCUGAGUGGACGGAAAACAAUUGCCUUCCGCACAGACGGUUCGCCUUCAAUCAGAGCCUCCGUUUCUGCCCUAUGGGGCGCUAAGUCAUUGGAUAACAUCGUUGAAUUGGACCUUGCAUUCGAAGUCGAGACAGAGAAAUCCGUAAUCCGAAGGCAGGCGAUCCUUGGUGAUACUAGCAGUCAGAUUCAUUCAGUUCAUGUUCGUGGAUUAGUAUCCAAGUUCGCCGUUGGCGGAGGUAGAACGGGAACGGAUCGACAGUUCUUCUACGUCAAUGGACGUCCAUGUACCCCAACUAAGGUACAAAAGGCGUUCAAUGAGAUAUAUCGAACUUUCAACGCGAACCAAUCACCAUUUAUCAUCGCGAAUUUCAUCAUUCCCAAAGAUUGUCUCGACAUCAAUGUCAGCCCAGACAAACGCACUAUCUUCAUUCACAGCGAGAAUAACCUGAUACAGGCCUUAAAGGCGUCACUUGAAGAAACAUUCUCACCUUCACGUUCCACGUUCAAUCUAAAUCAGACCCAGGCAUCUCAGAAGGAUUCUUUCAUCAAACACACCAAGUCUAAAGAAACGCCUUUGUUCUUUCAGGACCAUGAUGACGACGAACCGACACAAGACAGCCCUCUCGGGGAGAAGGGACCCGUAGGCACGUUUGGUCUACCUGACUUAUUGGUCAAUUCUUCAAGCCUGUCUACCCCAACCACGUCACAAAGCAUUACAAAUGCUUUAGAAUCGGGUAUACCGGAGACCCAGGCCUCACAAGAGACUGUAGAGGAUGUAGAUAUGCGGGGAGAAGAGCCUUCACAGAGCACGGACCUAAUAUUCCCAAGUGUGACCGACUUCGCUCCGGCAGCAGCUCGGGGGACUGCGCUCCCGGACGAUGUUGACCUUAGGAUAGAGGAAGACCUUACCCUGGUAACGAAAGAUAAGACUGUUCAGGGUUCCUCUGCCAUAUCUACUACCGAGACCCAUCAAUCACCGUUGCUUGAAGACAAUUUCUGUCACUCUCUUCCCGCUUCUCGCAGCGUGAGGCCUGCAGGGUCAACCAGUCCAGAUUUGACCUCAAAAAUGACACCUGAACCAGUCCAGAUGGUGCUUAGCACCACUGAUGCCUCUUGGAAUCUGCGGAGAAGGACUGAAGAGACCUCCGACCGUCCUGCGAAACGUCACAAAACUAAUCAUGCUUCACAUUCUCGUAACCAGUCGAACGCCGAAGCGAAUAGAAUGGGAGAUUUGAGAAAGCAUCUACUCGGAUUUGCCAGAACAGGCAGCCAAAUUGGUGUGGAAGACGAGGAGAACGUACGCCGGGCCCACGGUACUAGCGAGAGCCCCACGGUGGAGGGAGACGGUUUCGACCACGAAGUGCAAGAGAACAGUGAACAUAUGCAUGGCGAACGACACGCCAAUAACCCCCUUGACGACCAUGACUCUAUUCAAGCAGAAAUGGAUUCCGAUUUCAAUAUGGACGAAGAAGCGCGGCAUCCCGAGCCUCGUGAAUUUGACAAGCCGAUAAUAGACAUCACCGACGACGAUACCGUGGAAUCUCGUUCACACAAUUCACAGGGCACUUCGUCCUCAGCGGCACAGGAUUCUGCAAUACGUCUUCCAGAGGUCAUACGUACCGCGAAAGGAAACGAUAUUUCCAUGAAUCUAGACCUAUCUCACCGUAGCGCUUCUUGGCGAGAACUAGAGGACCGUCUUGCUUCGUCACAUGUUGUUCCAGAUGAGGGAGACCCAGAGGAUAGGGACAUACUUUCAAAGGGAGCGGGGAUUCAAAACGAUGACGAUAACGCACGGGAUGCUUUAUCGAGGAUAAUCGAGAAAUCCGACUUCUUGUCCAUGGCAAUCAUUGGGCAAUUCAACAAAGGAUUUAUAAUCGCUCGUCGGCGGAAAGAGGGCAGUACCGGAAGGUUGGUAAUGGAUGAUCUUUUCAUCAUCGACCAACAUGCUGCAGAUGAAAAGUACAACUUCGAGCAACUGCAAGAAUCAACGAGAAUCGAGUCACAGAAGUUGAUCCGACCUGAGGACAUAGAGCUCGCGGCUUCUGAUGAACUCCUUGCCAUCGAUAACAUAGAAGUCCUGCGACAGAAUGGUUUCGAGAUCGAAGUGAACGAAGCUGCGGCGGAGGAGUACAGUCAUCGUCUGCGAUUGGUUGCGAAGCCAGUGAGCAAGGCAACAGAGUUUAAUAUGAAGGAUCUAGAGGAACUUAUACACCUGAUGCAUGACCAACCCCAGGGUCGCAUGGUGAGAUGCUCUAAAGCCCGCGCAAUGUUUGCGUCUCGAGCUUGCAGGAAAAGUGUCAUGAUCGGUCACUCACUCCAAUUACCACACCUAACGUCGAUUGUUCGACAUAUGGGAACAAUGAGCCAACCGUGGAACUGCCCUCAUGGAAGACCAACUAUGCGCCAUCUUUCGGAUAUCCUUCCUGUGGGAGGGAGUCCAGGCACGUCAAGGUCGGUCCGCAGGCGGAUCGUUGACUUCGACACCCUUGACAUUGGACUGGAUGUGUAGGCGGUCCGGUCGGAUGCAUUCAACUUUAUAGAGGCACCUUCUCUAUUUUACGGUUGGUUCCAGUAAUCGGCAACGAGGCUUCACCAAUUGAAUCGAUCGAUUUAUUUCAGCAUUUAAUCGUGGUGAUGGGCAUUGCAUCCAAAGUUACCGGUGAUAGAAGCAUGACAACCUAAAUUCAGUAACCCCUGUGGUUGGAGACUACCAGUCUUCCACUCCAGCGUAUCCCAGGAUGUCAGAGCUAUCGUAAGAACAGCAACCUGCCGGAACACUCACUUUGGGGCUAUGUAUCAAGUAGCACCACUUCGAGCUGUAUAUGCAAAACAUCCCCAGCACGAUUGCGGUGUUCUCACGCGGAGCCAAACGCCAUGUUAUAACGGGCCUUGGCUGUUGCGAGCAUCGUCCGCAUUUCCUCCGUGGCGGAAGCAGUUCUGCGUAGGAUUUGGACUUGGUAAAGUAUUUAGUUCAAGAGAAAGAAAAACCCACCGCUACUUAUCGGGUGAUGCUCUGAGCUAGUGGCGCGGUGCAACCAAUGACUGCACAAUGACGUGCAUAGGAUCAGCCGUCAAGCUCUCCGAGCCUGCGACAUACCAAAAAUGACGAUGAUAAAGAUAGAUUCUACGGAGAUAGCGAGUCGUCUACUACAGCCCUGUGAGCAGAAUGCGGAAAUCCGUUAACGGAGCCAACGAUGUGCAAAAUACAUAAACUCUUGCACAAAUGGGUUCCCAUGAAUGAAUGUGGAUAACAACCCACUGAACAG